UGUGUGUCUCUCCCGUCCCUGCCUCCCUCCUGUGUGUCUCUCCCGUCCCUGCCUCCCUCCUGUGUGUCUCUCCCGUCCCUCCCUCCCGUCCCUCCCGUCUCUCCCUCGCUCCCUCCCGCCGUCUCCUGGCGACGCCCGUGUCGCGGAGCCGGAGCCGGAGCCGGAGCCGGAGCCGGAGCCGGGGCAGCGCUGCCCGCGCCGCCGCCAUGAGCGCCCCUCAGCCCCGAUUUCUUGCAACCUAUAACAGUCUUACAGACAAACACCUAGUUGGAUAUUUCAGCAAUGCCAGGAUAAGACGACAUCUUCAGAAAGCAGGACUGAUCUCAAGGAGUGGCCGAAUAAUACCUGAGAAAGAAUAUCGUCUGAAUGCCAUGAGGAGGGAUCACCAGAGAGAUGUGCAGGAGUGCUUGGCUGAUGCCAUAUUUCAGAAGGUCCUUGACAUGCAGCGUCAUCAUCAGCUGGAGACAAAAAGGAGUCUUGAAUGUUCUGUGAGGAAAGAGAGGAUGCAGCCAAUCAAGGUGGAGGAAUUCAGAGCAUCGCUGGAGAAUGUCAUCCGUGUGCACUGCCCACACCCACCGCUCUCUCCGAGGAGCCACCACCGGCUCGGUGCCGUGGUGGCUGCAGAACGACCUGGCCGCUCACAGUGGAGGACACCUGGAGUUGGAGUUGAUUGUGGUGGUGGACAUUGUCCUCAUCAGCACCGAACCAAGAAGUGUGCCUCCUCUAAGGUGAGUCCAGGAAAUGCACAGCAGCCCCCUCGCCUCCAGCCCCUUCACGGCUGGGCUGCAGCAGGGUCUGUACCAAAGGCUUCCAAACAGAAGUGCCAUGCACAUGAUCAGCAGUUUGCCCGUGGGGGGGAGAGGAGCGAGUUAAGUCUUCUGAAUUCAGUGGAGUACAUGAGUGGUGUGUCACCGUGUCAGCUCCCGCUCAUCCACUCCUGUGUGGUGCCGGUGCCGCCGCCCCGCCUGCGCAGAGGGCACAGACGUGUCCCCCCGCUCAGGAGUGGGCUGCCCAUGUGCAGACGGUUUCAUCCCACCACUGCCUUCAAUGAACAAAUUUUAAUCAAGAAUACCAGAGGGUACCCCAAGUCCCCGUUAUGCAGCAAUGCCUUGGUCACCAUGAUCUACCUGGGAAAGAGCAGGAAUGUGUCUCUCUGUGAAUACAUGGAUGAAAUCAAAAUCUUUCAGCAACACUGUGGAACAGAAAACAUUUGUGUCUACAAAGGCAAGCUGUUCGAAGGAGAUACCUUCCAGUUCACCUCCAAGAGGCACCUGGGAUUCCCGUUCAGCCUCACCUGUUAUCUCAACGGGCUGCAGGUUGACAGGCUGAGCUCUUGCUGUGAGUACAGAUACCAGAGCCGUUCCCAGGUGCGAGCCAGGAGUGGCUACUUCAGGGUUCUCCACGUGGCAGGAGCACCUCCUUGCUACAGGUGCAUUCUUGCUAUGGGUCUGGACAAAAAGCUGUUCCCUCCCAAGAGGAAGACUAGGUACCAGGAUGGGAAGCAUGUGUGCUGCUGGGGAAGUGCUGUGCACAGUGAGCCAUGUGUCAGCAGCAUUGGGCAGAAAAGCAAAGACUCAAUGUCAAUGUCAGUCACCACACGGGGUCGUGAAGCCAGCGUGGGAACUCUCGCAGAAGCACUGGAGACUGGAGAGGAGUCCAGCGAAGAAGAAAUGGAAAACCAGUCUAGUCAGGAGAGUGAAGAUAGUCAGGAUGACACCAGUAUAAAUGAAUAUGAUGAAGAUUUUGAAGCAGAUGAGGAAAUUAAUGAAGAGGGACACACUGGUGAUCAAAUGAAUGGAAUGUCAGAGUCAUCCUCAGAUGAUAAAAACCGUAAUUUAGAUUAUGGGAAAGAGAGUGAAACCUCAUCCCAGAAGGCACUGCAGGCCUCUGACAGUGAGAAAAAUGAAAGUGAAGGAUAUUCUGAUGACAAGGACUCUGAAGAUGAUCAACAAGAGAGGAGGCCUGCAGACCCUCUCUCAUCCAUGAGCACUCAGUGCAGCACUGAGACUGACUCCCAUGCUGAAAUGGUGACAGAUGAUGUGAAUGGCAAAGAGGACUGGAAUAUCAAAAGUACAUCUGAUAGAGCAGCACAUGCACACUAUGGAAAUGGGAAUGGGGAGAAGAAACUGCUCAGAAUGGAGGAAAAUCAGGAGAUUUCUGCAUUGGAAGAGAAAGCAAUAGAUGAAGCAGAAAAGACAAAACCAGAAGAUCUUACAGCAAGGGAAGAUACUAGAAUUUUUCAUGAAAACAUAAUGGCAAUGCAGCAUCAAAACCCUGAGGUUAAUGGGGAAUUCAAACAGCCUGGGUCAGGAGAUAGUAACCUGAAUGAGGAGGAGAAGAAAUACCCUCCAGUGCCUUGGGACAGCAGGGUGUUGAAGACAGAGGAUGGCAAGGAAGAGUCUCCUCGGUGUGAGGAAGGAGGAGUUUUUGAAGAUUGCAAACGAGUGCAGGAGGAAAUAGAAAAAACAACUGGAAAUGAUCAUCCUGUGAAUUCUGACCCUGAACCUGGUGAUUCAUGUGCCAAUGAGGAAGAAAUGAGUGCAGCAAAUACAGAGUGUGAUGCCAGUGGAGCAGCAGCAGAUGGAAGUUUCCUGGCAGAAGGGAGGAGAAGCCUGGAUGUGCAGGAGGCAGCAGGACAAGCGGGGCAGGGACCAGCCCUGGAGCAGGAUGGUGCUGCUGAGGAAGAGGCUGGCAGAGGAGAGGCCGAAGGAAAAGCUGCACGGGCAGAGGAGUCGCUGCCCCAGGCGGGCACGGGGGCUGCGCUGGAGGAAUCUGCACCUGAGGGAGGCGCCGUGGCAGAAGAACAUCCCAGCGGAAAGGGAGCAGGGGAGGUGGUGAAGUUGGGCACAGAGGUGUCACCUGGGGAGCAGAAGGUGCCGGUGGAGGGGAUGGAGAGAGAGGUGGCACUGGGAGCAGCUGGGGGAGAGGGGCCAGCUGGGGCACUGCCAGGAUGGGAGGCACACAGAGCCAUGCCCCAGGGGCAGGAGGGGGCUGUGGGGAUCACUGAGGAGGAGGAGGAGGCUGCAGAUGAAGGCCUCAGAGGAGCAGUAGGGUGGCCAGCAGAGGAGGAGAUGGGUGAGCCAGGGUGUGGGGCAGGGGAGUCCUUUGGGCAGGGAGGGUCUGCAGGGAAGAACACUGUGGUGGGUGCUGUGUCAGAGGGAGAGGAGGCUGUGGAGGAAGCUGACGUGGCAGCAGAUGGGAUGGCCAGAGCUGUCGACCCUGAAGGAGAGGAGGCUAUUACAGAAGACAUUUCUGAAGGGGAAGAGGCUAUGGGGAAGCCUGGGGCUCUCUGGGAAGCACUGGGGGAUGUGGAAACAGGAGAAGCAAUGCCUGGAGGGGAAGGGUUUGUAAAGCCAAGUGAGUUUUCCCAGCUGAAAGGAUCAGGGGAAGAGUGGAUGGAGAUGGGGAAAGCUGUCGCAGGAGCAGCAGCACUUGAGAGUGCUCAGUCAUGGGAGGUGGGAGGGAACACUCUCCAGAUAGUGGAGGACACGAUGGAAAAGUCUUUGGAGGCUGAAAAGGGUCCUGUACUGCAAGAGGCACCUGGGUUAGGGGCACUGGGGGGUGUUUGGGGGGAUCCUGACACUAAAGGGUCAUCACAGGUGGAGGAGACGCCGGCAGCACAGGAGGAGGGGGGUGCAGCAGGAGCACUUCGGGGUGGAAACAGCAGAGCAGAGGCAGAGAGAGCAGUGGAAGGAAAACCCGAAGGAGAGGCGGUGGUGGGAGGGUCUGCAGAGGCUGCCGGAGCGGGCUCGGGAGGUGAAGAGGUGGCCACAGAUGGAGCAGCAGGUUCAGAGGAGCCGGCAGCUCGGACAGACGGGUGGCUGAGGGAGCGCGGCCGGAGCCGGGGAGCGGAGCACCGAGAGCCCCGUGGGACGCAGCCCCGCUGGCCCGGGGGACGGGAGCCGCCCUCCCCGGCAGGACGGUGCAAACCCAGACCCACUCAUCAUGUCUUCAGAACAGCCUCAAGAUGGGGAAGAAACUCUGCUCUGAGCUUUUUCUGCAGCUCCUCAGUGUUGUGUCCAUGCACUCAGCCGGCUGUGGCUUUGUGCUGGUUGGGAUUUCACUCCUCUGUUUACCCUGUGAGUACCACAACCUGUCACAUUUCACGGGAGCAGCUCCUCUGCGUCCAGCAGACAAACAAGCUUGUGUUUGCCAGCCCAGGUAACAGCACUCCUUUGGAAGGAUGAGGACAGAAAUCACAAGGAUUGUUCCAAAAAAAUCUGUUUGGCUUGUUUUUCUUGAAAACUGGAGAAAUACUGGACUGACUGAACUUCCCCUCCUCCCCUAGGCACCACUUGCUCCUGCAGGCAGGCAGGGCUUUUAUCCUGGAAUCUUCCCCACCCCAUGUCAGAGGAGGGGAGCUCCUGCAUUGCACAGAGCCCCCUGGGCCAGGAGGCGUCUGGGGGGCUUCCCUCUCCUUGGGGAUCCAGCCUUGCUGCUGACCACACUUCAGGGCAUUCUCAGCACGUGGAAAUGUUGAAAGUUGCCACAUCAGAACAAUUGUAAUAAGCAUUUGUAAAUGCAUAGAGCCUGUCCUGCUUUUGGUGGGGUCCUUCAGGAGUGGUCCGUGGACCUUCAGCUGAGGUUGCCAGGAGGGUGGUGAGUUUAGACCUGGUGCUGGCUGCCCGUCUCUGCUGCACCUCUGUGCUGCACCUCUAGCAACAAGGGCCCCUAGGACCCUUCUGGGCUGGGCAUCUGGGGCUGGGUGUGCAGCAGCCUCUAGGCACUCUAAGUUUGGUGGGUGCAGCAGACUCAGCCCCACAGUGGGGGACUCUAACUUCAUUUUCAAGUAGGGAAAAGACACUGGAAUGAGCAGGAUUUUGAGUGGAUUGGUGCUGUGAGUCAUUUCAGAUCACUAUACAUGGAACUGGAAAUUCAAAUGUGAUUACAGGUGCUGUGUGGUUGCUCCUGGAGACGUUCCUGUACAAGAGAUGUUUGCAUUUGUACAUUCACUCUGCAAUGUUCGUGCUACAAACUGUCUCAGAGGGUUGUGUUUUCUGUGUCCAUAUCCACACGUUCACUCAGGUCUAUUAAAUACUGUACCAGUCUGUGCAGCUCCUUCAAUUUGUGCCAGUGGUUUAACUGUAGGAAUAACCCCUGCCAGUGCAGCAAGCCCUGAGCUUCAGUGUCUGUCCCCGCUUGCCAGGGCUGCCUGAUGUGCUGAGUGUUUGUGCCACUAAAGCUGCCUUGAGCAGGUGCCCCUCUAAAGCUCCUGCCCAGGGCUGCAGCUGUGGCCACACCUGGGCGUGCAGACACACGGGUGGCAAUUCCAGGUUGCAGGUGACCAAAGACAGAGAGGGAUUCAGGGAUUUGCCUUUGCAGGGAUACCCUGGGAGCCCCUCCAGGGCUGCAGGAGACCCAGAGCAUCAGAGAAGGCUUUGAUGAACAGAGCAGUGUGACUGUAAGGAACUGGAAUGCAGACAGUUCAUUAUUUAACAUUCUUGAAGUAUUUAUAAGUGACUCUUAUGUGUAUGGUUGUAACAAUUGGGGGAAAGAAUCCUAUGGUUAGGAACACAUAUGUGGACUUCCAAAACAUUAGUGUCCCUGUCAUUUGAGCAGGCAGAAGUUUGGAAAGCAAAACCAUGGAAAUAGAUAAUUGUAUAGGUUUGGAAAAGCUUCCCAUGGCCCUUUCUCCUCUCCUAUAUGGUGCUAAUUAGUAAUUAACUUCAAAGUGAAAAGUAGGUUGCACUUUGGGAAAAACAAGAUAUGCAGCAAAAAGAAAAAAAGACUAAUUAUUAAAGUGAGCAUAUGUGAGCAAAGCAAA